AACUGUAAAUAAAAAAAGUAGGGGUGUACGCAUUUUGCGCAUGUCGGAAUGACUGAAAGAAGGAGAGCAGUCGACGAGAGGAAAGGAAUAACAGUGACAACAUUUAAACGAAAGUAAAAGUUAAAUAGUGAAAAAAAAACGAGAGAAAAAAGUAGGGAAGAAAGACAACUUUCCUCUACUUUGGAUGGGUGAUUAAAUAAAUAGAUAAACAAUUAUUAAUUAAAUCGUGUAAAGUAAAUAAUACGUUGAAGCUCAACUUUGUCCUACCACAUUUCUUUCAGUAAAAUAACCAAUCCCUCUUAUCUAUCCUAUUCAAUGUUCAAAGAUAUCGGUGAAAGAGAAAGAUUCGUGUAAUUUUUUAUAUACGUUCAAUUCAAUCAAAUCAAGUCUAAUAAUUGUUUCGAGAUGACAAAUGUUGACGAAAACGUUCAAACGAACAAUGAUACCUGUAAAAAUAUUCUUGUGAUACUGUCUUGGAUUAUCGUGAUACUUACGAUGCCGUUUUCAUUAUUCAUUUGUUUCAAGGUAGUACAAGAAUAUGAAAGAGCUGUGAUAUUUCGUUUAGGCCGACUUCUUUCUGGCGGUGCUAAAGGACCCGGUAUCUUUUUCAUCUUGCCUUGCGUGGAUAAUUAUGCUCGAGUCGAUUUACGCACACGAACAUACGAUGUACCACCUCAAGAGGUUUUGACAAAGGAUAGCGUGACAGUAUCGGUUGACGCGGUAGUGUACUAUCGCGUGAACAACGCAACGAUUUCGAUCACGAAUGUUGAGAACGCUCAUCACAGCACAAAACUGUUGGCUCAAACUACACUUCGUAAUACGAUGGGAACCAGACCGCUUCACGAAAUUCUUAGUGAACGCGAAACAAUUUCCGGAAAUAUGCAGGUCUCUUUAGACGAAGCUACCGAUACAUGGGGUAUAAAAGUGGAACGAGUCGAAAUAAAAGAUGUACGAUUGCCUGUCCAAUUACAAAGAGCUAUGGCUGCGGAAGCUGAAGCUGCUCGUGAAGCUCGCGCCAAGGUUAUCGCAGCGGAGGGUGAACAAAAAGCUAGUCGGGCAUUAAGAGAAGCCUCGGAGGUAAUCGGUGAUUCACCUGCUGCAUUACAACUUCGUUAUUUGCAAACUCUGAACACAAUUUCUGCAGAGAAAAACUCAACGAUUGUAUUCCCAUUACCUAUUGAUUUAUUAACGUAUUUCAUGAGAGCCGGAUUUACAAAGGAUUCUUAAUAUCUCAAUUUUAAUAUAACGAAUAAAAUCAAAUGGUUAUCAUUCGGACAAAGUCAUCCAAAAUCUUCUACUUAUAAGGAAUGCGUAUAAUGUAUAAUUAACAUAAUCGGCUCAAUAACAUAAGAGGAUCACAUAAAUAUAAUAAUAUAUUUACUUUCACCGCAAAUAUUCGAUUAAAA